UCAUAUGGCUAUGGAGUAGUGUAGUACCACAGGAGAAAGACCAUACAUGUACCCGAAAUUGUAUCCCUUUCGUAUAGUAAUGUAUUUUGGCAAGUUAUUGCACCUCCCAACCUUUUGGUGUCUGUUCGGUUGUACCCCUCUCUCUCCUCCGUCCUCCUCAAACCCCAGUUGCCGCUCACCAAUGGCUAGUUCCGUCCGAAUCGCCGUUGUCGGAGACGUCCAUGAUGACUGGAAUCUACAAGAAGAUACAAAAGCUCUUCAAUUAUUGCAGCCGGAUUUGGUACUGUUUACAGGUGAUUUUGGAAAUGAGAAUGUUGAACUUGUUAGGAGCAUUGCGGAUCUAAAACUUUCUAAAGCAGCUAUAUUGGGAAACCAUGAUGCCUGGAGGACUCAACAAUUUGCUCAAAGGAGGAAGGACAGAGUCCAACUUCAGCUGGAAUGUCUUGGUGAAGAGCAUGUGGGUUAUCGACGCGUGGAUUAUCCUUCAUUAAAGCUGAGUAUUGUUGGCGGACGGCCUUUUUCUUGUGGGGGUGAGCAUUUGUUCCGGAAAGCACUUCUGGAUGCAAGGUAUGGCAUCCAAGACUUUGAUGGAAGUGCAAAGAGAAUCUAUGAAGCUGCUUUAGGUGCCCCAGAGGAUCAUUCUGUUAUAUUGCUCGCUCACAAUGGUCCCACAGGUCUAGGUUCUAAGAUCAAUGACAUUUGUGGAAGAGAUUGGGUGUUUGGAGGUGGUGACCACGGUGAUCCAGACUUAGCACAUGCCAUUUCCCACUUGAAGGAGACGACACAGUUAUGCAUCCCUUUGGUUGUGUUCGGUCACAUGCAUAAAGAGCUGGCUUAUGGGAAUGGUCUGCGAAAAAUGAUAGUAGUUGGGGAUGACAACACAAUCUACCUAAAUGGUGCCAUAGUUCCUAGGGUUAAAAGAUUGGGUAAUGAUCAAACUGCCGACACCCAAAGCUCCAUGAACAACAAAACCUCACUCUCCUCACCAAAUGCAGAAGACACGGUUCGAGCUUUCACUUUGGUUGAGAUAUCGGGCGGAAAGUUGCAGAAAAUUGCAGAAACUUGGGUUUCUGUCACUGGAGAUGAGACCUCAUUGCAAGAGGAGCACAUAUUGUAUAGGAGAGAGCAUGGAGGCACAGAGAAUCCUAUUCAGUGAAGAUAUGAACGAUUAUUAUGCCCAGUUGUACAUUAAUACAUGUAUAUAUGGAUAUCUAUAUAUGCAAUUGUUUUGUAGCUUCAUAUGGAAGAAAUUGAUGGUGCUUCCAUUGCACUGAGUUGAUCAACUUAUAACUUUUUGGUUUUGCAA